AUGUCCACCGAUCUUAGCGUUAGUUUUGAUGAACAAUACAUUAAUAUAAACACAAAACUGAAAAAGCGUUUUAUGCGGAAGCCAAAUGUUUCAGAGGCAACAAAUGAAUUCAUUGGAUUAGCCAUUCAAUGUGAACACUCUGAACAACCAUCCUUCGCAGGACAAACAUACAUAGGCGCGGCUAAAUGCGAAGCACUAGCUGGUAACCAUUUGGGUGAAGCAGAACAUUACUUGUCUGCUGCACGGCAGUUCUUUAAAGCUGAGCAAAAACUGUCAGCCCUGAAGUUUUACAGUCCUGACAGAGAGAACUUGGAGGCUGGCAUUGGCUGUUUUAUGCAAGCGUUAAGCAAAUAUCCAGAGACAUCACCAAUUCGUACUUCCAUUAUAAUGGAGCUUGCCAGCAACCUAGUUUCUUUGAACCAUAAGCUGGAGGCAGUAGCUUAUUAUGAGCAGGCUUUGGACACUGUGAGCGAGGGUACUAUGAAGUUAAUGUAUAUGAGGAAUCUGCUUAAUUUGCUGAUUGAUUGUGGUAAAUUUGAUAUUGCUUUACAAAUGGGUAAUACAAUCUAUGACUCAAAUACGAAUAUACCUGAAGGAAUUUUGACAGAAAUUCAAGUUAGUAGAGUACUGCUAGCAUUACUAGUCGAACCCGAUGAGAACAGCAAGCCUAAAUCUCUUAAGCUGUUAUUUACAGACCUGAUGAAUGACACUGAGAGUGAAGCAAUACCAUUUAACACAGAUCUAAGACUAAAACUUCAAUCCAUAGUAAUCUGCUGUACAGUUGCAGACUUGCAGUCACUUAUUUGUGUUGCUGCUGACACUAAGCAAUACCUAACAACACAACAGUCAGAAUUGUUACAAGCAUUGAUUAGUGAGCAGAGGCCAGAGAACUACAAUCAUUAA